AAAAUAAAAACUCCGUGCAUGUUACUGCACGCACUGUUGCGGAUCUAAGAGUGAAUCCACGUGUAGUGUUGGAGAUACGCAUAUCUGCCACCGUCCAAUCCCUACGCACACUCUUCUUCCCCCUUUCAUAUAAUUCAUUUCAUGAGAAAACUGUGAGAAAGAAGAACAUUUGUUGAAAUGCAAUCCUCUUCUUAUUGCCUGAAUCCACUCAAAUUCAAGCUCAUGGCUAUGUCUUUCACUCCUCAUCCAAUUCCACAACACCACAAUCUCGAUUUUCUACAAUUCAAAUAUCCCACUCUCUCUUCUUCCCAUUCGAAUCUCAUUUCUCUCUUCAGUGCCUCUUCUCAUUGCCACCUCUUGGCGUUCCCUCGUCGACCUAGUUUCCGUGUUAAAGCUCUUGAUUCCGACGCCCCUAACCAGAAGGAUUCAGUUAAAGUUGUGAAAAAUGAAAGCUACCAGCAAUGGGAUUCGGUUACGGCAAAAUUAUCCGCAGCAGCUAAUAUUCCAUUCCUGUUACUGCAAAUGCCGCAAAUUAUUCUUAAUGCAAGAAAUCUUAUGUCUGGAAACAAAAUGGCUCUCUCUGCUGUUCCCUGGCUGGGAAUGCUAACUAGUUUGCUUGGAAAUCUUUCUCUGCUUUCGUACUUUGCCAAAAAGAAGGAAAAGGAAGCAAUGGUGGUGCAGACGUUGGGUGCAGUGACCACCUAUGUGGUCCUUGUUCAGCAGGCAUUGGCAGAAACCAUGCCUUUGCCUUACUUUUUGGCUACUUCCAUUGUUGUGGUGUCUGGCCUCCUUCUUAAUUUCUUGAAUUACUUUGGUUUACUAAAUGUUGCAGUCUGGCGCAUUUGGGAAGAUUUCAUUACAAUUGGGGGUUUAUCAGUGCUUCCCCAAAUAAUGUGGUCUACAUUUGUACCGUAUGUACCUAACAGCAUCUUACCUGGGGCUUCUGCCUUUGUGAUAGCUGUCUCGGCUGUUUCCAUGGCAAGAACUGGAAAACUUUCCGAGAAAGGUAUCAAAUUUGUUGGAGGAAUAUCUGGAUGGACAGCUACAUUACUCUUCAUGUGGAUGCCAGUUUCUCAAAUGUGGACAAAUUUUCUCAAUCCUGAAAACAUGAAAGGCUUGUCAGCUUUUUCCAUGUUGCUUGCCAUGCUUGGAAAUGGAUUUAUGCUUCCACGUGCUCUCUUGAUUCGCGAUUUCAUGUGGUUCAUUGGUUCAGCAUGGGCUACCCUUUUUUAUGGAUAUGGGAAUAUUGCAUGCCUAUACUUUUUGAACAUUAUCAGCAAGGAAUUCUUCUUGGCAGCAACUGUUGGUUUGGUUUUGUGGAUAGGAAUGGCUUUCUGGAGAGACAGUGCAGUACAUGGUUACAGCUCACCUUUGGCUUCUAUGCGUGACUUGGUUUUUGGAUCGUCAAGUUAAAGUCUGUGAUGCUACAUUGGUACUCGGUUACCCGGUCCAUUCUGCCAGAACUGGUUACGCUAGAUUGUCACUGUAAAGUAACUACCACCAUAGAAGCUACUGAGUUUUAGUCGUCUAUAUAGUACGGUGGAAUCAGAAAUUCAUAGUUAAUACCACUCUUACACAUGAUGGGAAUGAAAAUGAGUUAUGUUGUAACUAAUACGCUUUUUAAGGGAUCUCUCAUACAAGCUGUGCUAUAGCACCACAUUGGACUUCGAGGAUAUAAUUGAAAUGUUAAAGUUGAAACUUAUCC